GAGGGCGUGGGGGCGGGGCGCUCCCGGCAGGCUCUGCGGCGCGCCUCCGCCCGCGCGGUUUGAAUCCUGCGUCGAGUCGUCUUGGCGGAGGCUGCGACGUCGCGAUCAUGGGGGCUCCGGCGCUGCCCCCGACCUGGCAGCUGUACCUCAAGAGCCACCGCAUCGCCACCUUCAAGAACUGGCCCUUCCUGGAGGACUGCGCCUGCACCCCAGAGCGGAUGGCGGAGGCUGGCUUCAUCCACUGCCCUACCGAGAACGAGCCUGACUUGGCCCAGUGUUUUUUCUGCUUUAAGGAAUUGGAAGGCUGGGAACCCGAUGACAACCCUAUAGAGGAGCAUAGAAAGCACUCGCCUGGCUGUGCCUUCCUCACUGUCAAGAAGCAGAUGGAAGAACUGACCGUCAGAGAAUUUCUGAAACUGGACAAACAGAGAGCCAAGAACAAAAUUGCAAAGGAGACCAACAACAAGCAAAAAGAGUUUGAAGAAACUGCAAAGACUGCCCGUCAGUCAAUUGAGCAGCUGGCUGCCUUGCGCUGAGCCUUUACUGGGAUAACCUGGACCUGAGUGACACGCCACAUCUAAGCCACCAGGGCACCUGUCCCAGCUUUCCCAGCCUGGGCCUCCUAGCAGGAUCUUAGAGGAGACCGUGGUAUUUUGAAACUGGAUAUCAAAUAUUUUUGGUUUUGCUUAAAAGUGGCUCAGCCUGCCUGGCUACCUCUCCUUGGUUUUGUGGCUUUGCUCUAUUGUGACAUUGACUUAAGCAAUGAGGAAGUGAUGAGGGGACAGUGCUCUCUGACAGGACCUGCGGGGGUCGGGAUGCCUGUGCAAGGCCUUUCUGGUUGUGAUGUUUCCAUACAUGGCUGCUGAUGUGGCCCAUGGGUAAGUGUGGUUAUAUGUAUUUGUCCUGAUGAGUCUUCCUACCAUGGGGUAACAGAAUAAAAUCACUUGAAAAGGUGGACU